UUAGAUCCUGGUCAAAGUUUUAGAGAGCAAGGGCUGUGCUUGGUGGACCAGCAAGGACAAAGAAACUGAGGGAGAGCAGACUGUCCAUCCCACGACCUCCUCCUUGCUUUGUGCAGUUUUUCCUGGGACACCAGAACUCCACAUCCUGAAUCUGAAUUCCAGCUUUAGAUAAAGACCUUUUCUGAGAGGCGAGCAUUCACAGAAGUGUUAUUGCCACCAGAUCAAGGUCACCACUGCUGAGCUUCUGCCAUAUAGAACCAUGGCUUGGGCUUCCGGCUUUGAUGCAUUCUUUAAUAAUUUUAAGAGGGAAAGCAAAAUCAUCGAUGAGGAAGCCAUCGCCCUGAUUAAGGCUUACAUAGAGAAAAAUCAGCUUCAGGAAGCUGUUUCUGUAAUCGAAAAUGCACUGAGAGGCAUUGAGAGCGCUCCUCUGAACAUAGCUGUGACAGGGGAAACAGGCACAGGGAAGUCCACUUUCAUCAAUGCCCUGAGGGGGGUGGGGCAGGAAGAAGACAGUGCAGCCCCCACUGGGGUGGUAGAGACAACCAUGGAGAGAACUCCAUACCCACACACAAAGCUUCCAAACGUGACAAUAUGGGACCUGCCUGGCAUUGGGUCCACCACCUUCACACCACAAAACUACCUAACAGAAAUGAAGUUUGGUGAGUACGACUUCUUCAUUAUCAUUUCGGCUACACGUUUCAAAGAAAAUGAUGCACAACUGGCCAAAGCCAUUGCAGAGAUGGAGAUGAAUUUCUACUUUGUCAGAACCAAGAUAGACAAUGACUUAGGUAAUGAACAGAAGAGUAAGCCUAAGACUUUCAAUAAGGGGAAGGUCCUCGAAAAAAUUCGAAAUGAUUGUUCAGAGCAUCUUCAGAAGGUUCUCUUCAGUCAGCCUCCAGUCUUCUUAGUCUCUAACUUUGACAUGUCAGACUAUGACUUCCCAGAGCUGGAAACCAAACUCCUACAGGAUCUCCCAGCCCACAAGCGCCACAUCUUCUCACUAUGUUUGCAAAGUCUUACUGAGGCCACCAUUAACUACAAGAGAGAUUCCCUGAAGCAAAAAGUCUUCCUAGAGGCCAUAAAGGCUGGAGCAAUAGCCACCAUUCCACUUGGUGGCAUGAUCAGUGAGGACAUAGAGGAUCUGGAAGAGACAUUCCAUCUCUACAGGUCUUACUUUGGGCUGGAUGAUGCCUCACUGGAAAACAUUGCCAAGGAUUAUAACAUGUCUGUGAAUCACUUCAAGGUACACCUUCGAUUUCCUCAUUUGUUUGCAGAAAGCAAUGAUGAGUCCUUAGAAGAAAAACUAUCUAAAUAUAUCAAACAAAUUUCUUCAGUUACCGGUGGACCAGUCGCUACAGUCGUUUACUAUCAGAGGGCUUAUUAUUUGCAGAAUCUCUUUCUUGAUACUGCAGCCAAUGAUGCCAUCGCUCUUCUGAAUAAUAAAGAACUUUUUGAGAAUAAGGUGGGACAAUAUAUAUCUAAGCCCCUUGUCUACUGGGAAUAAUGGGAAAAAAUGAGCCACAAGUUUCAAUCAGUGUUUACUCUUAGCUUUACCUACUGACUCAUAGCCUACUCCUGAGGUGAAAAACGUCUCAGUGGAGGGCCAGUGGAUUCCUCCUUUUCCUUUUCUUAAGCCAGAAGCUCACCAUGGCAAGUGCUUAAUCACGCUGUACUAUUAGAAAACAAAGAGUCUUCAAUAUUGUGCAAAUACUUAGCAAAGUUCACUUCCAUUAAAAUCAUAUGUUUAAAAAAAAAA